AUGGCUCCCUCCCUCGAGGCCGAGCCCGACUCCGUCGCCUCCGUCCUCGCCAACCCGCAAAAGCCCCAACUCGUCGCCCCCGAACCCGAACACUGUCCCGGCCCCGAAUCCCAACAAGCCGGCACCGCCGACUCCUGCGCCGGGUGUCCGAACCAAGCCAUCUGCGCCACCGCGCCCAAGGGUCCCGACCCCGACAUCCCUUUGAUCACAGCGCGUCUGUCGGGCGUCAAACACAAGAUCUUGAUCCUCUCCGGCAAGGGCGGCGUCGGCAAGUCCACAUUCACCAGUCUACUAGCGCACGCCUUUGCGACUAAUGCCGAACAAACGGUGGGCGUAAUGGAUACCGAUAUUUGCGGCCCUUCGAUACCAAAGAUGUUGGGUGUGGAGGGGGAGACAAUUCAUGUGUCCAGCACGGGCUGGAGUCCAGCAUGGGCAAUGGAUAAUCUAGCUGUCAUGAGCAUCCAGUUCAUGCUGCCGAACCGCGACGACGCGAUUAUUUGGCGCGGGCCCAAGAAGAACGGCUUGAUCAAGCAAUUCCUCAAGGAUGUGGAAUGGGGCGAUUUGGAUUUCUUGUUGGUGGAUACGCCGCCCGGCACGUCGGAUGAGCAUUUGAGCGUGAACACGUACCUGAAGGAGAGCGGGAUCGAUGGCGCCGUGAUGGUCACCACGCCACAGGAAGUGUCCCUGUUGGAUGUCAGGAAGGAGAUUGAUUUCUGCCGAAAGGCGGGGAUCAAGGUUCUGGGAUUGGUGGAGAAUAUGAGCGGGUUUGUGUGCCCCAAGUGCACGCACGAGAGCGAGAUCUUUAAGGCAACGACAGGUGGCGGGAGGAAGCUGGCGGAGGAGAUGGGGAUCGCGUUUUUGGGGAGCGUGCCGCUUGAUCCGAGGAUUGGUAUGGCGUGCGAUUAUGGCGAGAGCUUCUUUGAUAGCUUCCCGGAUAGCCCGGCGUGUCGGGCCUUGAAGGGGGUGGUCAAGGGGCUGGCGACGGAGAUGGGCUUGGAUCCGGAGGUGGUGAUGCCGGCGGAGGAUGACGCUUGA